UUUGAUUCAUUAAUCAAUGACUGUCUUACGUUGCUAAUUUGUUAGUUAUUACUUGUUGUAGUGCUACAAAUCUUGUUAUGCGUACUGAACGUUGAAUCUAAUUUGUAAAGACUAUGACGAGCUUGAUAGAUAAAAUUGAACAAUUAAUAAAACGGGAAAAAACAACACCCGAACGUAAAAAAGAUGACUCCAAAAAGUCAUCCAGUGAAAUUCUCUCGGAAUUGUUUAGUGCUUUUAACGCGGAUCCCCCGAAAAUAGAUGAAAUUCCUUCUAAGAAAUCAAAGAAGAGUAAGAAGAAGCAUAAGAAGGAAAAGAAAAAACGCAGCCGGAGUUCUAGUAGCGACAGCUCGGACGAUAGUGAGUACACACACAAACGGAAAAAGCGAAAAAAGAGUAAGUCCAAGAAACGUGCUAGAGAAAGCCGAUCACCUUCAUAUCCGUACCCGCUGACACCAGUGCGAGUCAAACCAGAAAAUGACCAGGUAACAAUAAAACAGGAAAAAGAAAUAAAGUUAGAAGAUGUCAAGCCUAAGGAAGUUAAACUUGAAAAGGAUGUUAAAAAGCAUGUGGCAGUUAAGGUGGAAGAUGAAUCUAUUUCAUUGUCACCCCCACAUCCCAUGCCUAUGUCGAUAGACUCCAAAAAACCUGUAGACUUGCGGGAAAAACUGGAUGAAAAGAAGGUUGAGGUUUGUAAUGCAGACAAUGAUAAAUCAAAAGGAAAAAUUCAAAUAAAGAAUCUUAAAUUUAGUGCAGUAUAUGAGGAGACAGUGAAGAAAGCAGAAGAAGAGGCUAGAAAGAAAGCAGAAAAGUAUGAAGAAGGUGAAUAUACCGAUUCAUCCAGCAGCACUGAGAAGGAAAUUGUAUGUAACUCACAGUUCCCAAAAACAUCUGAUCCUGGAGGUAUACUUAAGAAACAAGCUGAGGAAGAAUCAUCAAAAAUAGAAAUAAAUGGAGAUUCAAAGUCUGCAGCAAAGAAAAGUAAAAAGUCUGAAAGCUCAUCAAAAUCAUCAAGGAGAGAUCGAAGCAAAACUCCUAAAAGGUCUAGAAGUAAAUCUAGGAGAUCAUCGUCAACAUCCAGAAAGCGUCAUCAUCGUUCCAGUUCUAAGACGAGACGCAGCAGUAGGUCGCGGCAUCGCUCCUCAUCUCGGUCUCGAAGGAGGUCAAGGUCACGAUCUCGGCGAAGGUCGAGGUCAAGGUCUCGACAUAGGACCAGACGGUUAUCACCUAGACAUGGAAGAAGGAGAUCUAGAUCACCGACUGGCGUUAAAUUAGCAGAUAGUGAAAAGAAACGGCUGCUAGAAGUUGCUAGAAGGAACGCUAUAAAUAUGCUCAAGAAUGGCGCGGUACCCGCCGGAGCCGCUGCCUUGCCGCCACAUACUAGGAAUCAAGUCAUGGCUGCAAUUCAAUCGGGAGGUAAAUCAGUAGAUGAACUGACUGAUUUCUGUAAACACUUAUCCAAGAAAGAAGCGCUGGGUGAACUAUCAUCUGUCUCAUCAAACGACGAUGAUAUGAGUGAGAACGAAGAUACGCUCGCAUUCCAUCAUCCCUUCCUUGUAAAGGAGAAGGCUCCUAUCGUUAUGAAUAUAAGGGGAGGUGCUCCUCUACCAAUCAAAACAAAUCCUCUCCCUAUAGCCAACAAGGAAGAGUUAAGGCUUCAGUUCCCCGUGUCUUCUGGCUCCCAGCACAGGGAGAAAGCAUCGGAAUGGGUGCCUGUCUCACCGCCUAAGAAGGAUAUGCAAGUGGCUAAGCUCAACUCCACUAGUUCUAAGACAAAAUCAAUCACUGCCUCUACUCCUUCCACAACGAACACAUGCACAGAAAUUGCCAAAAUAUCUGAAAGAUCUUUGAGUCCACCUGCUUAUAUGAAAAGUUUCACUUCUGGAAGUCAGCUGAACUCAGUGCCGGCGAUACCGGCGCUACCAGCUCCGGGUCCACAAGCUUACCCCCCGGGCGUAGAUGCACAGAAGAUGCAAGACGUGGCGUUGAUCGUGUCGCAGAAACUUUCAUUAAUUCGCAAGGAACAAGAAGAAAAUGAACUCUUUACAACACAUGGGUUUGGUUGGUCGGCGGGUGAAUCAUCACUUGGUCAGUUCACCGGUUCAACAGGAGCACAGAUAUUAACACCGAGGGAACUAGCAAGUGGUACACAAGCGUGGGCCAAAAAGGUACAAAUUAACAUUUCCAAUUUUAACAUCAUACUGUAUAACGUGUUUUUAGUGAAAUUGUUCUUUCAUUUUUACCAAAAAAUGUAUUUUUAUACAUGGCGUUGCGUUUGGCGUUUUUCAUUAUUUGCAUUGCGUAGAUUAUUCCCUUGCCUAAAGUAACAGCGACAUCUGGAAGCGGCGUAAGUGGAAUUUUGGAAUGCGCAGUAACAUCAUACAGAAAAACGUUCUUGAAUAAACAUCUCAUUGAAAUUUGAAUCUUAAUGACAAUUGAGAUCUAUUAACACUGGUACAUGAUUGAAGAACAUUUUCCUGUAUCCAGUAUGUACAAUAGUUUCACUGUUUAAGUAGGCUUGUAAUUCAAUAACAACCGAAAAUACAAUUCAACUUGACAAGACAUCUGUGUUGAUACUGAUCCUUAUUAAUGGGUGCCUUUUUAAAUAGUAUGUUAUUUUGUAGGUUAUUUAAAAUUUGUUUAAAAGUGUGAUUAUGAAAGAACAAUACGCUUGUAGGGGACAAAAAAAUAAAAUAUGCGUUAAAGUAUGAAACGAAAUCUAUUUUUGUGCUCAACUGUCAUUUUGUGUACUAUGUAUUGUGUUCAAUCUAUUUAUCUAUUAAACUUAUACCAAAUGCCA